GCAGUCGGUUGGCCAACUAAACCGACCUCGCUCGCUCUCGCGUCCGUUCAUUAUUCACAGUCGCGCGUCGUCAGCGGCGCACGCGACUAAUAGUCACCGCGUCAUGACCCUGUAACGUGAUAGCAUGAAUAAAGUCGAAUCUUCGACGGAAGCCGCCGCGCCCAGCGUGGCAAUCCACGUGGAACAACAUGACGACGAACAGGACAAAGAGAACUCCAAGUUACUCUCGGCGCACUCACCGGCACCCAGCAUAACCCCAUCGGGGCAAAUGCGAAAAGUAAAGAGUUUCAGUGAUACACACAAGAUACGAGAUGUGACCACUGCUUCAGGCGCAGCGUCGGCGCGGAGUCUGCGUCCUUACGAAAUAGUGAACACGUAUCCCGAGGGAUCAGAAAGUGGAACUAACAAUUAUGGAGCACCGUCCGUCCGGUCGCUUGCUUCCAUCGGAAUGGGUUGUACGGACGGACGUAAAAUGGUUAUUAGACGAGUACCAACAUCGCCCACGGAAUUGUUCCAUCUAGUUCGUCCUCCUACGCCUCCCGACGAAGAUUCGGCGUCGCACGAAAGUGAUUGCGAGGAAGAAGAAGAAGAUGCUGCGGUUCACCUCAAGCCACGCAGGCCCUUCUGGGCCAACAAGAUACAGUUCGUGCUGGCUUGCGUGGGAUAUUCCGUCGGCCUCGGCAACGUGUGGCGCUUCCCUUAUCUCUGCUACAAAAGUGGAGGAGGGGCAUUCCUCAUUCCAUACUUCAUCAUUCUAUUAAUUUGCGGCGUGCCAAUGCUCUUCAUGGAACUCGCCAUAGGACAGUAUACAGCACACGGCCCUAUUGGGGCUCUAUCACAAAUUUGUCCACUUUUUAAAGGCGCUGGCUUAGCAAGUGUUGUGAUCUCAUUUCUAAUGUCCACGUAUUACGCUGUGAUAAUUGCAUGGGCCAUAUAUUAUUUUUUCACAUCAUUCAAAACCGAAGUACCUUGGGCAAGUUGCUCCAAUCGAUGGAACACAGACCAAUGCUGGGUUCCAAAUCACAACCAUACGAAACCGAACGGAUCACAAACACCCACCGAACAAUUUUUCGAGAGAAAGGUAUUGAAUAUGAGUGCUGGUAUUGAGUAUCCUGGUGGCAUGCGGUGGGAAUUGGCAGCUUGCUUGGUCUGUGCUUGGGUGUUAGUUUAUUUCGCCCUAUGGAAAAGCAUUAAAUCUUCAGCCAAAGUUCGUUAUAUCACAACAACACUGCCAUUUCUGCUGAUUAUAGUCUUUCUUGGACGGUCUUUGACACUCGAUGGAGCAGAUGGAGGCUUGAGGUUCUUCUUUAAACCAGACUGGGAACUUUUAAAACAGUCCAGGCCUUGGGUCAACGCUGCGUCACAGAUCUUUAACUCUAUCGGAAUAGCAUUCGGGUCGAUGAUCAUGUUCGCUUCUUACAACCGAUUCGACAACAACUUCCUGCACGAUACCGUAGCCGUCACUCUAGUCAACGCUAUUACUAGUCUCAUAGUUGGCAUAUUCACCUUUGCUACCAUCGGAAAUAUCGCCUUCGAACAAAAUACUCCCGUGAAGGAUGUCAUAGCCGACAGUCCAGGCCUAUUAUUUGUAGUGUACCCGCAAGCUAUAGCAAAAAUGCCAGCAUCUCAGCUAUGGGCAGUACUGUUCUUCUUCAUGUUUCUAUGCCUUGGAUUAAAUAGUCAAUUUGCUAUAGUGGAAGUGGUCGUGACUUCAAUACAAGACGGAUUUCCCGACAUGAUACGAAAAAGACUUGUGUAUCAUGAAUUAUUAGUACUGCUUGUGUGUGCGGUGUCAUUAUUAUGCGGACUGCCACACAUUAUUCAUAGCGGUAUAUAUGUAUUCCAGUUAAUGGAUUAUUACGCCGCGUCGCUCAGUAUAACUUAUCUCGCCUUUUUUGAGGUGGUCGCGAUUGCAUGGUUUUAUGGCGUGGGAAGACUGUCUAGAAAUAUUAAACAAAUGACAGGUCGCCAACCAUCGCUAUACUUUCGAUUCUGUUGGCUGAUAGCGUCACCGGCGCUGCUGUUAGCGUUGUGGGUGGCAAGCAUGGUCGACUACACGCCGCCUAGUUACAGGCAGUACCAAUAUCCCGCAUGGGCACAAGCUCUCGGAUGGAUCAUGGCUUCCCUCUCCUUACUUUGCAUCCCAGUAUACGCGGUUAUAGUUAUAAUUAGAGCACCUGGAGACAGUUUAAGAGAGAAACUACGUUACUCAAUACAACCAACAUCUAUAUGUGAAUGUGGUGUAAAUGGCUGUGACAUCUGCUGCUCUGAGUCGGAUCCGCCGGACGACAAAACAGUUAUUAAUUAGUAUAAUGAAACCGUAUAUUUUAAAGAGUAUUAUUAAAAAUGAUAAGAAUUAAGUACUCCCUCUGCCACGAGGAACAAAUAACAUUUGGGCCUGCGUUCUUUAUGACGAUAUAGAUUCAACACGGUAUGUUUGUAACGAAUAAUCAAGUUUAAUAAGGUUAUAUAAAAUUAAGUAACUGGCAUAUACCCAGAAAUCUAUUUAGUCAUACUGAAUCCAUGUUCAGGGCGCUGACCAAUUUCUUAUCGAUUUUUUGAUUCGCACCUGUGUAAUCGACAAAGUUUGUCAUCGAAAAUUACCGUCUAGAAGAGGUACUCGUGAUAAACAAUACUAAGUAGAUAAUUUACAACGAUCUUCCAUCAUAAUUACACAUCACUCGACCUACAAUUAUGAGCAUUCACCAAACAGUGUCAUGACAUACAUAACUAUGGUCAUAUAAAUUUUAUACAGUUACAAUGUAGGAGUGAAAAUCAUGUAUGUACUUCUGACGUCUGCGCGAUAAUGCAUUGACUUCGAAUAGUAUAAAUAGCAUUUAAAUCAUAUCAUUACAAAGAAAUACACCUAUUGUUAUAUAUUUUUACUAUGCACAUAUUAAAAACUAUGUGUUAGCGGUAACUGUGUUCUGUGUAGGUAUUCAUAAUAGCAGAAAUGUAUUAUUACUGAAUGUUUGUAAAGCUUUAUAUUCUCCCAGUCACGAUAUUAUAUUGCAUAAGUAUGUAAAUAUGUAAUUUAAGGCCCGACCACCAGCAAAACAGCGCGCUAAAGCUCUGGUUUCCUAGAAUUGCGGUGCCGUCACAUGACGGACGCAAUAUUUGGACGCAAAAAGACGGCCGUUUUUACGGUGACGAGACGUGGACAGAUCCAUCACCGUUACGGCCACCAAGUCGUAUCUGUUAUAGGGGAGAAAAGGACGACCUUGAUAUACUUUGGAUUAAUAAUUUACUUGGUGUAUGAACUAUCAUCAGAAGAGGAAAAUAGUCGUAUGGAGAAAGAUGACUUAAUCAAAGCUGGUACAGAAGGUGUAUUUGAGAUUUUAGUACGUCGCCGUCUACAAAGCAAUGAUGAGAAAUCUCAGAGAAUAGUUUAGCCUAACACUAGUAUUAUUUGAUUACGAACUUACCACAUAAAUUAUGAUUUGAGUUACAAACCAUACAACAGACACAAAAAUUCAAUAAGACCAGAAAAAAGCUAUGUAUGUAUACUUAUUAAGUAGAUUCCUAAGUCAAUACAAUAAUAUUUUAAUUUUU